AUGGGUCGUCGGGCAGUGGUAGUGCGGUUGAUACAGGCCAAAGCUAUGCCUGGAUUGGUGAACUCCAGAGGUCUCAAAGCUCCAGAUCUCUGCAAGGAUACCGUCACCUACCAAGCGAUCAUCCGCAACAUGGGUCCAGAACAGGCAGAUCCCAAACUCUUCACACAAGGUGUGUCUCUAGAGAAAACAGGGCUCGAUACCCUUGCGGACGAGGCAGCACUUGUACUCAGCACCAACGUAGUUGGACUCCCCCAACAAUGCGAGCCGGAGCUGUUCUUCGUCAAUCCUAGGCCUGUUUUCUCCCAUACUGUUGCGCACAGAAAGGCUCUUCUUGGGCUUGCAGCUGCAGUCUUUAACCUUCAGCCGAGUCAUGGCCUUGCCCUUGUGGUGCUCACUGGUCUGGAGGAGGGCUACACGUCAGCAAUGAAGGUUCUGCUGAAGCAGAACGUGAGUCGAACGAUGGCUGGCAGCUUCUUGGGUGAGCCGCUGUCUGUAUGUCCAUUGAUUCGCUUUAGUUUUUUCGAUUCUUUGCCAAUGCUAAAUACCGGUGUCAUUUCAUGCUUGAGGACAAUCUUCUCCGCAUUGGGCAUUCCAGAGGAACUCCAGAAACUCGAUCGAAUUCUUUGGGCCGUCGCCAGCGUAUGGUGGCGAAAGCACAAAGCUCUGAAAGAAGCUGGACGGGCUGUACAGCCCAGCAGACGAGUUUCCAAGAUUCCGUCGACUGAAUUAAACGGGAUGGAACUUUUUCAGUAUCUUUCUGGUCAAGAGGCAUUGUAUCAGCUCAUGCUAAGCACCUUGCUACUUCACCGGCGAAUCUGGGGAGGCGCCAACAACAUGCCAACAGGUCCCAUGGACUUCGAGGAAUGGGCGGAGUUGAACCAGGGAAUUGAGCGGCAGGGUGAGGACAAUGUGCCCUUACAUGUCCAGAGCAAGAUCUACAACGACAUUGUCAGUUUGCGUGUGCCUGAACUCUGCAUUUGGCCAGCAAACGAGGUCGUCGUACUUUCUGAAAACAUUCCAGAAGAGGCCCUUCCAGGACCUGUUGGCCAAAUCGAUAUGGUCUUGCAGAAGGCCUAUGCUGCUGGUGAAUCUGCUCUUCAGCAUAGGGCCAUACUGGAAGGUUGGCUGUGGGUCUACACCAGUGCCCUCUUGCCCGGGUCGUUGGGUAGUUCUGAAUGCGCCCACACGUUUGCGCAGGAGGAAGAGGUUGAAGUUCCAGAUGGAAGCAUGCAUCGUAUUUGGGGAAGCUUGUGCAGCAUGUGUCUUGUUUUCUCCUCGCAAGCUCCUGGCACCGCUGUACCACAUGCUAUCAUUGAUUGCCGUGGACUGCAGUUCCUGGAAAUUUCCCAUCAGGCGAAGACUCUUACCCUGGCAGUGAAGCCAAUAAUCCCAGAGUGUUUGACGACCAGGCGCACGGGCGACGAGCUGCUCAGGGCUGCCAAACUGCUGCCAGAUGGUCGAUGGGAGGAGCUUUGCAUGCAGAAACUCAAGAUGAGUUUCGAAAAUGCAGAGGUUCUGGAUCACUGGGUUCAAGCAUUGAUGCAAAAGCCCUGUGAGACUGCGCUCCCAGAUCAUUUGCAAAGCGGUUGUGUGUUGCGAGCCCGUGCAGAUGCCGUCUCGUCCGCCUUCAACGUUGCUGAGCCCGCCCCUGAUGACAUUGUGCUGCCUAGAGGAGAGCCGAUCUUUUCACAGGACAAAGACGAGGAACUUCACGAAGCAUCGUUUGUGGGUGUUCUUUGAAGAACUCGCAGGCAGGAUAGUGACACUUGCGCCGAGACCCGGUGGAGAAUGUUUUUACUUGGCAUCAGACACUUUCCUACGGCUUAUCUUCGUUUCUGAAAUACUGAGCUCAUUGCUUGGUGGAAAACGAAGGAGAGGGCCGUAGGAAAGGUGCGGAGCGUUGCCCUUCUUCUCAGUCGGUGCGGCAGAAACCGUGCCGGUCGACGAAUCAGCACAACUUGCAACCAGAGAUUU